AAAAUCCAAUUCACACACAAUUUCUUAUAAAUAGUAUUAUAAAUACCACACCCUUCCAAAUCUCCCACCAAACCCCUCAUCUGUGAAAUCUCCAAGAAAGUGAGUUGAAAAACACAACACGAACACAAACACACCCACAUAGAAAAAACAAAAAGAAAAAACUCUCUCUCAGAGAGAUAUGAUGUGGAAUCGAUCAGAGGACAAGAUUUUCGAGCACGCACUGGUGAUGGUCCCUGAGGAUGUUCCAGACAGGUGGCAGAGGAUUGCAGAGCAAAUUCCAGGAAAGUCACCGAGAGAUGUGAAGGAACACUAUGAUGAUCUUGUACAUGAUGUGCUUGAGAUCGAUUCUGGUCGAGUUGAACUACCGAGUUAUGCUGAUGAGGAUGACUCCGACUCUGGUGGACAUGGUGGAUGGGACUCACCGAGUAAUCAGAAUCAGAUCUCUUUCUCGAAUCAUAACAACAAGCCUAAGCACUCUGACUCCGAAAGGAAAAAGGGUACUCCUUGGACUGAAGAAGAGCACAGGUUAUUUCUAACUGGACUGAAGAAAUUUGGAAAGGGUGAUUGGAGAAGCAUUUCAAGGAAUGUGGUUGUGACGAGAACACCGACUCAGGUGGCUAGCCAUGCCCAGAAGUACUUCCUUCGCCAGAAUUCAGUGAAGAAAGAGAGGAAGAGGUCAAGCAUCCAUGACAUUACUGCAGACAACAAUCCGGUUGCUCUUCCGGUCAAUCAGAGUUGGCUUCCACCUCCAGGUAGUGCUGUUCAACAGCAACAGGCUUAUCAACCGAUGACCAUGCCACCACAUUUGCCUGGUCAAGUGAGCCCAAUGGGGUACCAAAACUUUGGCUUUCCAAUGUAAAGAGGCACAGGAGCUAUAUCCUCUGUAUAUAAAAAAGCAUUAAUCUUUAAUUAGGAAAUCCAACUUGUAAAGUUCUGCCUUUGGUUUUGUUAGGUGUUUGAUGGUUAGGAGUAUUGUGAAGUGAAUUUGUUCAUGGUAGGUAGUGAUCUGAAGUCCUUUAGUGAAGUAAAAAAAAAAAAAGUUACUUGUUUGAGAAAAUAGUGUGGUCGUAUACGGAACUUUUAGGAAUGGGUCAAUAACAAAUAGGAAUUUUUUUCAA